AUGGCCGCUGCGAUCGCCAGCUCCCUCAUUCGGCAAAAGAGGGAGCGGGAGCGGGAGAAGGCGAAUGCCUGCCGCUGCGCAAGCAGUCCGAAUAUUUGCAAAGCAGGGGACAGGGGACCCUGUGAGAAACCGAGCAAGCUGAACGUGUUCUCACGCGUCAAACUCUUUGGCUCUAAGAAACGGAAGAGAAUAAGUCGACCAGAGCCCCAGCUCAAGGGGAUAGUGACGAGGCUGUACAGCCGCACAGGCUUCUGCCUUCAGAUGCAGGCUGAUGGAACCAUCGAUGGAACCAAGGACGAGGACAACAGCUAUGCUGUGUUCAACCUCAUUCCUGUUGGGCUGCGAGUGGUGGCCAUCCAGGGGGUUCAGACCAAGCUCUACCUAGCCAUGAACAACGACGGCUUCCUCUACACUUCGGAACACUUCACCCCAGAGUGUAAGUUCAAGGAGUCAGUGUUUGAGAACUACUACGUGACCUACUCCUCCAUGCUCUACAGACAGCAGCAGUCGGGCAGGGCCUGGUUUCUUGGCCUCAAUAAAGAGGGAGUCAUCAUGAAAGGGAACCAUGUGAAGAAGAAUAAACCAUCAGGCCACUUCAUCCCCAAGCCACUGAAAGUUGCCAUGUACAGGGAACCCUCUCUCCAUGACCUGACCGAGUUCUCCCGCUCCGGCAGCGGUACUCCCACUAAGAGCCGUAGUGCAUCAGCCCUGCUGAAUGGAGGAGGGAAGACACUGAGCCAGAACGAGCAGUCCACAUAG